UUCCAUUGAGCCAAGUCCAAGAGGGAGUGAGUGAGAAAGAAAGCCGGAGUCACUGAUCCGCCGCAGCUCUCUGCUGCAACUCCUUAACUCCACUCUGCCCACUCGUUGCCUGGACAUGUCCUGAACAACUUGGAUUUCCUCUCGUCCAUUAUUUGCUCCAGCUCUCUCCCUUUUCGUCUCCUUUUCCCCGGUCAACUUUUAAGAUCGCCUCAAAGUCUUCGGAAAUGCGGCCGCCUGGAUGCGAGGAGAAGAGGCGGGUCUCAUUUUCGUUGGGGAAAUGCUGAGGAACCGAAGGAAGAGGCAAAGUUGUUUAAAAGGAACGCGGAAUUUGGGGGACUACCUUCCUUCAUUUACACAAAUGCAUACAAAAAAGUUCCUGGUCGUUGACACCAUGGGUAGACAUUUGGCCAUGCUUUUACACUUACUUCUCCUCCAGUAUUUUGGAGACACUGAAGGAAGCCAAAGAACUGAACAGACUCCUGAAAUAAUCCAGUUUACACACUUUCAAUACAAUGUCACCGUCUAUGAAAACUCUGCAGCCAAGACUUAUGUCGGGCAUCCUGUAAAGAUGGGCAUUUAUCUCACAGAUCCCUCGUGGGAAAUACGGUACAAAAUUAUUUCAGGGGACAAUGAGAACCUGUUCAAAGCUGAAGAAUAUAUUCUAGGGGACUUUUGCUUUCUGAGAAUAAGGACCAAAGGAGGUAAUACAGCCAUUCUUAACAGAGAAGUUAAAGAUCAUUACUUGUUGACUGUGAAAGCAGUGGAAAAAAAUACCAAUGCUGAAGCCCGCACCAAAAUCAGGGUCCAGGUGCUGGAUACCAAUGACUUAAGACCUUUGUUUUCUCCCACCUCCUAUAGUGUUUCUCUGCCUGAAAACACAAUCAUCAGGACCAGUAUCGCUAGGGUGAGUGCGACAGAUGCUGAUAUAGGAACUAAUGGAGAAUUUUACUACAGUUUCAAAGAAAGAACAGAUAUGUUUGCCAUUCAUCCCACCAGUGGUGUUGUGGUUUUGACGGGCAGGCUUGACUAUGCAGAGACCAAACUGUAUGAGAUGGAAAUCCUCGCUGUGGACCGUGGAAUGAAAUUAUAUGGCAGCAGUGGCAUCAGCAGCAUGGCCCGACUGACCGUUCACGUAGAACAGGCCAACGAAUUCGCCCCGGUGAUCACGGCGGUGACGGUCUCCCCGUCUGAACUGGAGAAGGAUCCUACCUACGCCAUCGUGACAGUGGAAGACCACGACCAAGGUUCCAAUGGGGAGAUAGCUUCUUUGAGCAUCGUGGCCGGAGAUCCGCUUCAGCAAUUCCGAACUGUGAGAUCUUUCCCAGGCAGCAAGGAAUAUAAAAUCAAAACUGUGGGUCACGUGGAUUGGGAGAGCCAUCCCUUUGGGUAUAAUCUUACUCUUCAGGCUAAAGAUAAAGGAAAUCCUCCACAGUUCUCCUCUGUAAAAGUCAUUCACGUGACAUCUCCGCGGUUCAAGGAAGGACCAGUUCGUUUUGAAAAGGAUAUUUAUAGAGCAGAAAUCAGUGAAUUUGCCCCUCCUCACACUCCUGUGGUCAUGGUAAAAGCCAUACCUUAUUACUCACACUUAAAAUAUGUUUUUAAAAAUACUCCUGGGAAAGGAAGAUUCCAUAUAAAUCCCAACACGGGUCUCAUCACUAUUUUAGAACCCAUCAGGACACAGCAGGCAUCCCAUCUCGAAUUUGACGUCACCACCAGUGAUAGGAAAGCUUCCACCAAAGUCUUGGUGAAAGUCCUGGGCGCAAAUAGCAACCCUCCCGAAUUUACUCAGACAUCCUACAGAGCGUCCUUUGAUGAAAACGUCCCGAUAGGGACGAGCAUCAUGAGUGUGAGUGCCAUUGACCCAGACGAGGGUGAGAAUGGGUACGUCACCUACAGCAUCGCCAACCUCAAUCACGUGCCGUUUGUCAUUAACCAUUUCACCGGGGCCGUGAGUACUUCGGAGCACUUGGAUUAUGAACUGAUGCCCCGCGUUUACACCCUGAGGAUUCGAGCGUCGGAUUGGGGCUUGCCCUAUCGGAGAGAAGUCGAAGCUCUCGUCACCCUCACUCUCAACAACUUGAACGACAACACCCCGUUAUUCGAGAAAAUAAACUGUGAGGGAACGAUCCCUAGAGAUCUAGGCGUGGGGGAACAGAUCACUACGGUGUCCGCCAUUGAUGCUGACGAACUGCAGUUGGUAAGAUACCAGAUUGAAGCUGGGAACGAACUUGAUUUAUUUAGCUUAAACCCCAGUUCUGGGGUCCUUUCGCUGAAGCACUCUCUAGUUGAGGGCUUAGGAGCCAAGGUUUCUUUCCAUAGUCUGAGAAUUACAGCCACGGAUGGGGAAAAUUUCGCAACACCGCUGUAUAUCAAUAUUACGGUGGCGGCCAGUCGCAAACCUGUGAAUUUGCAUUGUGAAGAGACCGGUGUGGCCAAAAUGCUGGCAGAAAAACUUCUGCAAGCCAACAAAUUGCACAAUCGCGGAGAAGUCGAAGAUGUUUUCUUUGAUACUCAUUCCAUCAAUGCUCAUGCACCACAGUUUAGAAGCAGUCUUCCCACUAGUAUUGAGGUAAAAGAAAAUUACCCGGUAGGUUCCAACAUCAUCCUCGUGAACGCUACCGAUCUCGACAGUGGUUUUAAUAGCAAACUGGUCUAUGCUAUUUCUGGGGGAAAUGAUGAUAGCUGUUUUAUGAUUGAUUUGGAAACAGGGAUGCUAAAAGUUUUAUCUCCCCUUGACCGAGAGGCGACGGAAAAAUACACCCUGAACAUUACCGUCUAUGACCUUGGGAUCCCACAGAAAGCCUCCUGGCGCCUUCUAGACAUCAGAGUUUUGGAUGCCAAUGAUAAUAAACCAGAGUUUUUACAAGAGAGUUAUUUCAUCGAGGUGAGUGAAGACAGGGAACCGUACAGUGAAAUCAUCCAGGUGGAAGCUGUCGAUAAAGAUCUAGGACCCAAUGGAGAAGUGAAAUAUUAUCUCCUCACAGACACGGACAAAUUUUCAAUCGAUAGUGAGACGGGUAUCGUUAAAGUCGUGGGACCUUUGGAUCGGGAAAUGCAACAUGUCCAUUUCUUAAAGAUUGAAGCCAGAGAUCAAGCGGAAACAGAACCUCAGUUGUUUUCCACCGUGCUGUUGAAAGUAUCAUUGGAAGAUGUGAAUGACAACCCCCCUAAAUUUAUUCCCUCUAAUUACCUUGUGAAAGUGCGAGAGGAUCUCCCAGAAGGAACUGUCAUCAUGUGGCUGGAAGCCUACGACCCUGAUUUUGGUCCGUCCAGUCAAGUGAGGUACAGCCUCAUCGACAGCGGAGAUGGAAACUUUGACGUAGACAAACUCAGUGGAGCCAUUCGAAUCGUCCAGCAGCUGGACUUUGAGAAGAAACAAGUUUACAAUCUGACCAUCAGGGCCAAAGACAAAGGGAAACCCAUUUCCCUUUCUUCUACAUGUUAUGUGGAAGUUGAGGUCAUCGAUGUAAAUGAAAACUUACAUCCACCGCUGUUUUCUAGUUUUGUGGAUAAAGGCUUAGUGAAAGAAGAUGUACCUGUUGGGACGUCAGUGAUGACAGUGUCUGCCCAUGAUGAGGAUACAGGACGGGAUGGGGAGAUCCGGUACUCUAUAAGAGAUGGCUCUGGGGUUGGUGUUUUCAAGAUAGAUGAAGAAAAAGGUGUCAUAGAGACUGCCGAAAAGUUGGACCGUGAGACCGUCUCCCAUUACUGGCUGACAGUCUUUGCUACAGAUCAGGGGGUAGUGCCUCUUUCAUCAUUCACCGAGAUCUAUAUUGAAAUAGAGGAUGUUAAUGACAAUGCGCCCCAGACAUCGGAGCCGGUUUAUUAUCCAGAAGUCAUGGAAAAUUCACCCAAGGAUGUUUCUGUUGUUCAGAUUGAGGCUUUUGAUCCAGAUUCUAGCUCUAGUGACAAGCUGACCUACAAAAUAACGAGUGGAAAUCCACAAGGGUUUUUUGCAAUCCAUCCCAAAACAGGUCUCAUCACAACCACAUCAAGAAAACUAGACCGAGAACAACAGGAUGAACACAUAUUAGAAGUGACAGUGACAGACAAUGGCAAUCCUCCAAAGUCAACCAUUGCAAGAGUGAUCGUGAAAAUCCUCGAUGAGAAUGACAAUAAGCCUCAGUUCUUACAGAAGUUCUACAAAAUCAGACUCCCAGAACGUGACAAGCCAGAACGUGAGAGGGGUGCCAAACGGGAACCCAUCUAUCGGGUUAUAGCCACAGACAAAGAUGAAGGUCCCAACGCAGAGAUCUCAUAUAGCAUUGAAGAUGGAGAUGAGCACGGCAAAUUCUUUAUUGAACCCAAAACUGGAGUGGUUUCUUCUAAAAAAUUUUCAGGAGCACGAGAAUAUGAUAUUCUUUCAAUUAAAGCUGUUGAUAAUGGUCGCCCUCAAAAGUCAUCCACUGCCCGGCUUCAUAUUGAAUGGAUCUCCAAGCCGAAACCAUCGCUUGAGCCAAUUUCCUUUGAAGAACCUUAUUUUUCUUUUACUGUAAUGGAAAGCGAUCCAGUUGCUCACAUGAUUGGGGUGAUUUCUGUUGAACCCAUUGGCACACCACUGUGGUUUGACAUCAUUGGUGGCAAUUACGACAGUCGCUUUGAUGUUGACAAGGGCACAGGCACCAUCAUUGUGGCCAGGCCUCUUGAUGCAGAACAGAAAUCAAACUACAAUCUGACAGUGGAGGCAACCGAUGGAACCACAGCCAUUGUCACUCAGGUGCUCAUCAAAGUGAUAGACACAAAUGACCACCGCCCUCAGUUUUCCAUGUCGAAAUAUGAAGUGCUCAUUCCAGAAGACACAAUGCCCGACACGGAGAUUUUGCAGAUCAGCGCCACGGACAAGGAUGAGAAAAACAAACUGAUCUAUACUCUACAGAGUAGUACUGACCCCCUGAGCCUCAAGAAAUUCCGUCUCGAUCCUGCCACCGGCUCCCUUUACACAGCCGAGAAGCUUGACCAUGAGGCCGUCCAUCAGCAUGUCCUCACCGUCAUGGUGCGAGACCAAGAUGUGCCCGUCAAGCGCAGCUUUGCCAGAGUCAUCGUCAACGUCAGCGACACCAAUGACCAUGCCCCUUGGUUCACCAGCUCCUCCUACCAAGGGCGCGUUUAUGAGUCCGCCGCAGUCGGAUCGGUCGUGCUCCAAGUGACAGCCUUAGACAAGGAUAAAGGAGAAAAUGCUGAAGUUUUGUACUCCAUUGAAUCUGGGAAUAUUGGGAAUUCCUUUACCAUUGAUCCUAUCUUAGGUUCUAUAAAAACUGCCAAAGAACUUGACCGAAGUAGCCAAGGAGAAUAUGAUUUGAUGGUGAAAGCUACAGACAAAGGGAAUCCACCAAUGAGUGAAAUGACUUCUGUACAUAUCUUUGUCACCAUCUCUGAUAAUGCCAUCCCCAGGUUUACCUCUAAAGAAUACUCUGCUGAAAUCAGUGAAAGUGCUUCCAUUGGUAGCUUUAUUGGGAUAGUCCGUGCACAUAGUCAGUCAUCUGUGGUGUAUGAAAUAAAAGAUGGAAACAUAGGCGAUGCCUUUGCUAUUAACCCCAACUCAGGAGUUAUCAUUACUCAGAAGGCUCUGGAUUUUGAAACUCUCCCCUUCUACAGCCUGAUAGUACAAGGAACAAACAUGGCGGGUUUGUCUGCUAAUACAACAGUAUGGGUCCACCUUCAGGAUGAGAAUGACAAUGCACCAGUCUUCCUGCAGGCGCGAUACACAGGACUCAUCAGUGAAUCCGCCCCGAUCAGUAGUGUGGUCCUAACAGACAAAAAUGUCCCCCUGGUUAUUCGCGCCGCAGACGCUGAUAAAGAAUCAAAUGCUUUACUUGUUUACCAGAUCGUUGAGUCUUCUGCCCAUAAAUAUUUUGCCAUUGAUUCAAGUACUGGUGCCAUUCGAACUGUUCUCAGUUUGGACUAUGAAGAAGCACCUAUUUUCCAAUUUACCGUGCAAGUCCAUGACAUGGGAACACCACGUUUAUUUGCGGAAUAUGCAGCCAACGUGACGAUCCGUGUCGUCGACAUCAAUGAUUGUCCUCCCGUGUUCUCCAAAAUGUUAUACGAAGCUUCUGUCUUGCUGCCAACAUACAGAGGAGUAAAAGUCAUCACAGUAAAUGCCACAGAUGCAGACUCGCUGGCUUUCUCACAGCUGAUGUAUUCCAUUCCUGAGGGCAACAUUGGGGAGAAGUUUCUCAUCAAUCCUAAGACGGGUACCAUAACUGUACAAAACACAACCCAGUUGAGAAGUCGAUACGAGCUGUCAGUGAGGGCUUCGGAUGGCAGGUUCACGAGCCAUGCCUCUGUAAAGAUCAACGUGAAGGAAAGCAAAGAGAAUCCACUGAAGUUUACCCAGAAUUCCUACUCUGCCCGCGUGAGGGAGAACUCCACAGAACCCAGAACCAUCGCCGUCAUCACCGCUGUUGGGAGUCAGAUCAACGAGCCUUUGUUCUACCACAUCCUCAACCCUGACAGCAGGUUUAAGAUAAGCCGCACUUCAGGGGUACUCUCCACCACUGGCGUACCAUUUGACCGUGAACAACAAGAGGUUUUUGAUGUGGUCGUGGAAGUGACAGAAGAGCACAAACCCUCAGUGAUGGCGCAUGUUGUGGUCAGAGUCAGCGUAGAAGACCAAAACGACAACGCACCUGUGUUUGUCAACCUUCCCUACUAUGCGGCAGUCAAGGUUGAUGCCGAUGUGGGCCACAUCAUCCGCUCUGUGACUGCCGUCGACAGAGAUAUUGGGAGAAAUGGGGAGGUACACUAUUACCUGAAAGAACAUCAUGAACACUUUCAAAUUGGACCUUCUGGGGAAAUCUCCCUGAAAAAGAAAUUUGAGCCAGACACCUUAAAUAAGGAAUAUCUCAUCACCAUAGUAGCAAAAGAUGGCGGCGACCCAGCCUUCUCUGCUGAAGUCGUCGUGCCAAUUACGGUUAUGAACAAAGCCAUGCCUGUGUUUGAAAAGGCUUUCUACAGCGCCGAGAUCCCUGAGAACAUCCAGUUGCAUAGUCCAGUUGUCCAUGUCCAAGCCAACAGCCCAGAAGGUCUAAAGGUCUUCUACAGCAUCAUGGACGGAGAUCCUUUUAAUCAGUUUACUAUCCACUUCAAUACCGGAGUCAUCAACGUCAUAGCCCCUCUGGAUUUUGAAUCUCACCCCGCAUAUAAACUAAGCAUCCGAGCAACUGACUCCUUGACCGGCGUUCAUGCUGAAGUCUUUGUUGACAUAAUAGUGGAAGACGUCAACGAUAACCCUCCUGUCUUUACACAGCAGUCGUACGUGACAACUCUGUCAGAGGCGACUGUGAUGGGAACAUCUGUUGUUCAUGUUUGGGCGACAGAUACAGAUUCUGCACCCAAUAGGGGAAUUUCUUAUCACUUGUUUGGAAAUCAUAGCAAAAGUCCUGACCAGUAUUUCCACAUAGAUAGUAGCAGUGGACUUAUUUCUUUGGUGAGAACCCUGGACUACGAGGAGACUCAGCGGCACGAGCUGCUGGUCAGGGCUGUUGAUAGUGGCAUGCCCCCGUUGAGUAGUGAUGCCAUCGUGACAGUACAUGUCACUGAUCUCAAUGAUAAUCCACCAUUAUUUGACCAGCCCCUCUAUGAAGCAAAAAUCAGUGAGCAAGCCCCCCAUGGACAUUUUGUGACCUGUGUGAAAGCCUAUGAUGCAGAUAGUUCAGACACUGACAAAUUGGAAUACUCCAUCCUAUCGGGUAACGAGCAAAAGAAUUUUGCGAUCGACAGCAAGACGGGCAUAAUCACCCUUUCAAACCUGCGCCGCCAGACCCUAAAGCCAUUUUAUAGUGUCAACGUUUCUGUGUCAGAUGGAGUCUUCAGGAGCUCUUCGCAAGUGGAGAUUAUUGUCAUCCAAGCCAAUUUGCAUAGCCCCGUUUUCAUGCAGAAUGAAUAUGAAGUGGAACUGGCUGAAAAUGCCCCUUUGCAAACCCUGGUGGUUGAAGUCAAAGCAACCGAUGAGGAUUCUGGAAUUUAUGGCCAAAUUACUUACCAUAUUGUCAAUGACUUUGCCAAAGACAGAUUUUACACAAAUGAGAGAGGACAGAUUUUUACCUCUGAAAAACUUGACCGAGAAACUGCAGGAGAAAAGGUCAUUACAAUUCGACUGAUGGCCAAGGAUACUGGAGGAAAGGUUGCUUUCUGCACCGUCAAUGUGAUCCUUACAGAUGACAAUGAUAACGCCCCUCAAUUCCGAGCGACCAAGUACAGAGUGAACAUUGGAUCGGAUGCCCCCAAAGGCACAUCUGUCAUCAAAGUGCUCGCAUCAGACGCCGACGAGGGAUCCAAUGCAGACAUCACAUACUCCAUAGAAGCAGAUUCUGAAAGUGUCCAGGAGAAUUUAGAAAUCAACAGACUAUUUGGAAUAAUUACAACCAAAGAAAGCCUGAUUGGUUUAGAAAAUGAGGUUUUUACUUUCUUUGUUAGAGCCGUGGAUGGUGGAUCUCCCCCCAAAGAAUCUGUUGUUCCGGUGUAUGUAAAAAUCCUCCCACCAGAAACUCCCCUUCCCAAGUUUUCAGAACCUUUUUAUACCUAUACAGUCUCGGAAGACCUGCCUAUUGGAAGUGAAAUAGAUACUAUCAGAGUAGAUCAUAGUCAGCCUGUCUCAUACAGCCUAACCAAAGGGAAUACGCCUGAGAGUAAUGGGGGCGAGUCCUUUGUCAUUGACAAACACAGUGGGAAAUUGAAAUUGGAGAAGAAUCUUGAUCACGAGACUACAAAAUGGUACCAGUUUUCAGUGAUCGCGCAAAGCACCCAUGAAGACUCCGAGGUGGUGUCCUUUGUAGACAUCAGUAUUCAGGUGAAAGAUGUUAAUGAUAAUAGUCCAGUCUUAGAGUCCAAUCCAUAUGAGGCAUUUAUUGUGGAAAACCUGCCAGGGGGAAGUAGAGUCAUCCAAGUCAAGGCAACUGAUCUUGAUUCAGGAGCCAAUGGCCAAGUCCUCUAUAGUUUAGAUCAGUCCCAGAGCUUGGAUGUCAUUGAAUCAUUUGCCAUUGACAUGGAAACUGGAUGGAUUACAACUCUUAAGGAACUCGAUCAUGAAAAGAGAGACAAAUACCACAUCACAGUAGUUGCAUCUGAUUAUGGGGAGAAAGUACAGCUGUCUUCCACAGCAGUUGUGGAAAUUUCUGUAACAGAUGUGAAUGAUAACCCUCCACGCUUCACCGCAGAAAUUUAUAAAGGGACUGUGAGUGAAGAUGACCCUCCUGGUGGAGUGAUUGCUAUAUUAAGCACCACUGAUGCUGAUACCGAAGAGAUCAACAGACAAGUGACUUACUAUAUAACAGGAGGAGAUCCUUUAGGACAAUUUGCAGUUGAAAAUAUACAGAAUGAAUGGAAAGUCUAUGUGAAGAAACCUUUAGACAGGGAAAAAAGGGACAGCUACCUUCUUACCAUCACUGCAACAGAUGGCGCUUUUUCUUCAAAAGCCAUAGUGGAAGUGAAAGUUCUUGAUGCAAAUGACAACAGUCCCAUUUGUGAAAAGAGUGCCUAUUCAGACACAAUUCCUGAAGAUACUGUUCCUGGGAAACUGAUCAUGCAGGUCUCUGCUAUAGAUGCAGACAUCCGUUCCAAUGCUGAAAUUACUUACACAUUGUCUGGUCCCGGUGCAGAGAAAUUCAAAAUAAAUGCAGACACAGGUGAAUUAAAAACAUUAGCCCCCCUCGACCGUGAGCAGCAAGCAGUUUAUAAUCUUUUAGUCCAAGCUACGGAUGGAGGAGGGCGAUUCUGCCAGAUGAGUGUUCUCUUCACGUUGGAAGACGUCAAUGAUAAUGCUCCAGAAUUCUCCGCUGAUCCCUAUGCCAUCACAGUGUUUGAAAACACCGAGCCCAAGACCCCAUUGACAAGAGUGCAAGCCACUGAUGCAGAUGCAGGAUUAAAUCACAAGAUUUCCUACUCAUUGGUGAACUCUGCAGACGGUCAGUUUUCUAUUGAUGAAUCAUCUGGAAUUAUCCGAUUGGAGAAGCCUUUGGACCGAGAGUUACAGGCCGUGUACAAUCUGAUUUUGAAGGCUGUUGAUCAAGGUCUGCCAAGGAGGCUGACUGCUACGGGCACUGUUGUUGUAUCUGUUCUGGAUAUAAAUGACAAUCCACCUGUGUUCGAAUAUCGUGAGUAUGGAGCUACAGUGCCUGAGGAUGUACUCGUUGGAACCGAGGUUCUGCAGGUGUACGCUGCCAGCCGGGACAUUGAAGCCAAUGCAGAGAUCACUUAUGCAAUCAUCAGUGGCAAUGAACAUGGGAAAUUCAGUAUUGAUGCCACAACAGGAGCCAUAUUUAUUAUUGACCACUUGGAUUAUGAAAGCUCUCAUGACUAUUACCUGACAGUCGAAGCCACCGAUGGAGGCACACCUUCCCUGAGUGAUGUUGCGACAGUGAAUGUCAAUGUCACAGAUAUUAAUGAUAACACCCCAGUGUUCAGUCAGGACAUGUACACCGCAGUGAUCAGUGAAGAUGCCAUCCUGGAGCAAUCCAUUGUCACUGUUAUGGCAGAUGAUGCUGAUGGACCUUCAAACAGUCACAUUCACUACUCAAUUAUAGAUGGCAACCAAGGGAACCCAUUUACUAUUGAUCCUGUAAGAGGAGAAAUAAAAGUGACUCAACUUUUAGACCGGGAGACAAUUUCAGGAUACACCCUCACAGUUCAAGCAGCAGAUAAUGGUAGCCCUCCCAGAUUCAACACCACCACUGUGAACAUCGAUGUUUCGGAUGUCAAUGACAAUGCUCCUGUUUUCUCCAAGGGCAACUAUAGCAUCAUCAUCCAGGAAAACAAGCCUGUGGGUGUCAGCGUCUUGCAGCUGAUGGUGACAGACAAGGAUUCUUCCCAUAAUGGUCCCCCCUUUUCCUUUUCUAUCAUGAGUGGAAAUGAAGAGAAAGCAUUUGAGGUUAACCAGGAUGGAGUUCUUAUAACUUCAACGGCAAUAAAGAGAAAAGUAAAGGAUCAUUACUUCCUUCAUGUCAAGGUGGCAGACAAUGGAAAACCUCAGUUGUCUUCUUUGGCUUAUAUCGACAUUAGGGUUAUUGAGGAGAGCAUCUAUCCCCCUGCCAUUUUGCCCCUGGAAAUUUUCAUUACCACCUUUGGGGAAGAAUAUUCAGGUGGUGUCAUUGGGAAGAUCCAUGCAACAGACCAAGAUGUCUACGACACCUUAACAUACAGUCUUGAUCCCAAAAUGGAUAGCCUCUUCUCUGUCUCCAGCACGGGUGGUAAACUGAUAGCCCACAAAAAGCUAGAUAUGGGACAGUACCUCCUUAAUGUCUCGGUGACUGAUGGAAAAUUUACCACUGUGGCUGACAUCAUGGUCCACAUCAGGCAGAUCACCCAAGAAAUGCUCAACCACACCAUUGCCAUCCGCUUUGCCAACCUCACCCCUGAAGAGUUUGUUGGGGACUACUGGCGUAACUUCCAGAGGGCUUUGCGAAAUAUCCUGGGUGUGCGGAGAAAUGACAUACAGGUGGUGAGUUUGCAAUCCUCGGAACCUCAGUCAAACCUGGAUGUUCUACUGCUUGUUGAGAAAUCUGGCAGCGCCCAUGCCUCAACCAAAGUUCUCCUGCACAAGAUAAACUCCUCCGUGGCUGACAUCGAAGAAAUCAUUGGUGUGAGGAUCUUGGAAGUGUUCCACAAGCUAUGUGCAGGUCUGGACUGCCCGUUAAAAUUCUGUGAUGAAAAGGUGACUGUGGAUGAUAGCGUCAUGUCAACUCAUAGCACUGCCAGGCUGAGCUUCGUCACUCCUCGUCACCACCGAGCAGCUGUGUGUCUCUGUAGAGAGGGGAGAUGCCCCCUAGUUGAUCAUGGAUGUGAAAGCAAUCCGUGUCCUGAAGGUACUGAAUGUAUUGCUGAUCCAAAAGAGGAAAAAUAUUCAUGUGUGUGCCCAGGUGGCAAAUUUGGCCAGUGCCCAGUUGGUUCAUCAGUAACAUUUAGUGGAAACAGUUUUGUCAAAUACCGUCUAAUGGAAAAUGAAAACAAAUUAGAAAUGAAACUCACCAUGAGGCUCAGAACCUAUUCUACUCAUGCAGUUGUCAUGUAUGCCCGAGGAACAGACUACAGUAUUUUAGAGAUUCACAAUGGGAGACUUCAGUACAAAUUUGACUGUGGAAGUGGGCCUGGAAUUGUCUCUGUACAGAGCAUUCAAAUAAAUGAUGGGCAGUGGCACUCCGUGUCCCUUGAAGUGAAUGGGAACUAUGCCCGGCUCGUUCUAGACAGGGUCCACACAGCAUCAGGAACGGCUCCAGGCACCCUGAAGACGCUGAACCUGGAUAACCACGUGUUUUUUGGAGGCCACAUUCGUCAGCAAGACACGAGACCCGGUAGAAGCCACCAAGUCAACAAUGGUUUCAGAGGCUGCAUGGAUUCGAUUUAUUUGAAUGGUCAAGAAUUGCCUUUAACCAGCAAACCAAGAAGUUACGCCCACGUUGAGGAAUAUGUUGACGUGUCCCCUGGAUGUUUGUUGAUGGCCAUUGAAGACUGCUCUAGUAGUCCCUGUCAGAAUGGAGGCAUUUGUAACCCCUCACCUAGUGGAGGUUAUUAUUGCAAAUGCAGUGCCUUGUACAUGGGUACACAUUGUGACAUCAGUGUGAAUCCGUGUGCCUCCAAUCCUUGCCUCUAUGGUGGGACUUGUAUUAGAGACAAUGGCGACUUUGUCUGCCAGUGCAGGGGCCUGUACACUGGACAGAGGUGUCAGCUGAGUCCCUAUUGUAAAGAUGAACCAUGUAAAAAUGGUGGGACCUGCUUUGACAGCUUGGAUGGUGCUAUUUGUCAAUGUGAAGCUGGUUUUCAUGGAGAAAGGUGUCAAAGUGAUAUUGAUGAAUGUGCUGUUAAUCCCUGCCGUAAUGGGGCCCUUUGCGAGAACACCCAUGGCUCCUAUCGCUGUAACUGUAGCCUUGACUAUCGAGGAAAACACUGUGAAGACUCGCUUCCCAAUAAGUAUGUGUCAACUCCAUGGAAUAUUGGGUUAGCUGAAGGAAUAGGAAUCAUCGUGUUCAUCAUAGGCAUCUUCCUAAUAGUGGUGAUAUUUGUUGUCUGCCGCAAAACGAUCCAGAAAAAGAAGAAACACCAAGCAGAACCCGAGGACAAGCACUUGGGACCCACAACAGCUUUCUUACAAAGGCCAUAUUUUGAUUCAAAACUCAAUAAGAGCAUUUACUCAGACGUACCACCCCAGGUGCCUGUCCGCCCCAUUUCUUACACUCCAAGCAUUCCAAGCGACUCCAGGAACAAUCUUGACCGAAAUUCCUUCGAAGGGUCCACCAUUCCUGAGCACCCUGAGUUUAGCACCUUCAACCCAGAUUCCAUGCAUGGACACCGAAAAGCCGUGGCGGUCUGCAGUGUUGCACCCAAUUUGCCUCCCCCUCCUCCUUCCAACUCUCCUUCAGACAGUGACUCGAUUCAGAAACCCAACUGGGAUUUCGACUAUGAUACUAAAGUGGUAGAACUCGAACCCUGUAUUUCAAAGAAACCUCUGGAGGAAAAGGUAUCCCAUCCUUACAGUGCUCGGGAAAGCCUGUCUGAAGUCCAGUCCCUCAGCUCUUUCCAGUCAGAGUCCUGCGAUGACAAUGCUUCCGUGGUGACGGUAAUACACCUUGUCAAUGCCGUCGUUGACGUUGACAUGGUGGAUACAGAAGAGUCUUUCGCUGCACCUGAUCUCACCAAAUCAAAAGGGUAUCACUGGGAUACUUCCGAUUGGAUGCCUAGCGUUCCGCUGCCAGAUAUCCAAGAGUUUCCCAAUUACGAGGUCAUCGAUGAGCAGACCCCCCUCUAUACAGACCCAAGUGCCAUCGAUACAGACUAUUACCCAGGAGGCUACGACAUCGAAAGCGACUUCCCUCCUCCCCCUGAGGAUUUCCCCGCACCCGACGAACUCCCCCCCUUGCCACCGGAAUUCAGCGAUCAGUUCGAAUCAAUACAACCCCCUAAAGACAUGCCCGCUACGCGGAGCUUGAGUUCCUCCACAAAGAGCCGGCAGAGGUUCAACUUCAACCAGUUUCUGCCCAACUUUUACCCCGUAGAUAUGUCUGAACCUCAAAAGACAACGAACGGAGAGAGCAGUAGUUGUAGAGAACCCUUCACCCCGUACCCUUCGGGGUACAGCAGAGACUUUGAAGCCCCCACCGUAGACAACAUGUCCAUGUCUGUGUAUGCUUCAACGGCUUCUUGCUCCGACGUGUCCGCUUGCUGCGAGAUGGAGUCGGAGGUCAUGAUGAGUGACUACGAGAGUGGAGAGGAUGGCCACUUCGAAGAGGUGACCAUCCCUCCACUGGAGACACAACAGCAUACAGAAGUCUGACACUCAAAUUCUGGGGGAAAAAAAGUGCCUGGACUUUCAAGAACUUACAUUCUAGACCAAUAUCCUGAAGAUAUUAAUUUUCUUUGCAGCAGAUGCUUGGAUGCUUUGUUUUUCUAGGAGCUAAAACUGGCAUGGCUGCCCUGGAUCAUGCAGCUCAUUUCCACAUGUUACCUGGGUUCCAUUUCCUGACCUACUGUGUGUGAUUGGAUCAACUUAAGAUUUACAUUGGCUGUGCCAUUAAUAAAGGUGUUUUUUUUUUCAUUUUUAUUUACUUGGUCUAUGAUAAUAAAAGCAAAAAAAAAAAUCAGCCAGACCUCAUCACCAUUUUAGCAUGAGUCAUCUAGAUUUCAUUACAUUAACUUUUUUUCUGUUUUUUUUUCCUUUUGUAAAUUUUAUGUACAGAUUUGUUUUUAAUAAUUUUUAUUAGAUUUUGUAGAUAUUUUUUCUCCAGUUCAUUUUUCACUGAAUCUUAGUUGUAUCAUUCUGUCAUUGCCCAGAAUCCUGAUUUUGAUUAUCAGGUUUUCACUCUCUGUCCAUUUCCAUUAUGGUACGAGUCUUCGUGAAAACAUUUCACCAUAUUCUUGCAAUACUAGCUGUAUAUAGAAUGAAAAGAGACCUAGUGUUUUCUAGGUCAGACACGGUACAUGGAGAUGUCUUAAAUGGGUUGCUGUAUUUUAGGAUUAAACACAUUUUUCCCUUCUUGGAAAGUGUAAUGGGGACCCUCUGCAUACCUGUUUAGAACCAAAACCACCACGACACAGUUUUUAUAGUGUCUGUAUAUUUGUGAUGCAAUGGUCUUGUAAAGGUUUUUAUUGAAAACUACCAUUAGCCAGUCUUUCUUACUGACAAUAAAUUAUUAAUAAAAUACUUUAGCUUUA